AGAGCGAGAGAAACAGUGUGGCUGCAGUGAGGAGGGACACAAACACUGAGAGAGAGAGAGGAGGAAAUACAGAGAGACCAGAAGGUUUCCUCCCUUCCUCACCUCACUGACCCAUGAAAGAAGCCAUGCCGGUUCUCACAGCUGAAGCGGGGUUACAUGAGACGUUGGCCCUGCUGACCUCUCAGCUUCGGCCCGAUGCCAAUCACAAAGAGGACAUGGUCUUCCUCAAAGACGUCUUCAGCGAGCGGAGUUUGGGAUAUCUCAUGAAGAUUCAUGAAAAGCUGAGACAGUAUGAGAGACAGAGCCCAGCACCUGUCCUCCACAGUGCCUCUUCUCUGGCAGAGGAAGUGGCAGAGGAGCUGCAGAGUGGACCAAUGAGCACCGAGGAGAAAGAGCUGCUGCACCUGCUGACGUCACCACACCUCAAGGCCGUCCUCUCGGUGCACGACACCGUGGCGCAGAAGAACUUUGAUCCCGUGCUGCCGCCGCUGCCGGAUGACUUUGAGGAUGAGCUGGACGAAGAGUCGGUAAAGAUUGUCAGGCUCGUGAAGAACAAGGAGCCUCUGGGAGCCACUAUCAGGCGGGAUGAAGCCACUGGGAUGGUGAUCGUGGCUCGAAUCAUGAGAGGAGGUGCAGCCGACCGAAGCGGUUUGGUCCAUGUAGGAGAUGAACUCAGGGAGGUCAAUGGAGUCUCUGUGAUCCAAAAGAGGCCCGAUGAGAUCAGUCAGCUGCUGUCCCAGUCCCAGGGCUCCAUCACUCUCAAGAUAAUCCCCGCCAUUAAAGAAGAGGAUCGACUGAAGGACAGCAAGGUGUACAUGAGAGCCUUGUUUGAAUACAUCCCGUUGGAAGACAAGGCGACGCCUUGCCAGGAGGCGGGACUUCCCUUCAAGCGGGGAGACAUCCUGCAGGUCGUGACCCAAGACGACCACACGUGGUGGCAGGCCAAGCGCGUGGGAGACAGUAAUCUGCGGGCUGGACUCAUCCCAUCCAAACUGUUCCAGGAGAGGCGACUGGCCUACAGGAUGAAAAUGGGAACUCUUCCGAAUCCAAAAUCCCCUCAAAAUCCCAUCUCUGAUGAGCCAGGAUGUGAUAAAGCGAGUCUACGGAGGAGUUUCCGGCUGAGUCGCAAGGACAGGCAAGGAUCCUCCGGAGAGGGUUCUGACCUCGGGGACUCCGACUACCUGACCUAUGAAGAGGUCACCCGCUACCAGCAGAGGUCAAAUGAAAGGCCCCGGCUGGUUGUUCUGAUCGGAUCUCUCGGAGCACGAAUCAACGAACUCAAACAGCGGGUCAUUGCUGAAAACGUAAAUCGCUUUGCAGUGGCCGUACCACAUACUACCAGGCCCAAGAAGCCUCAAGAGAAGGAGGGUGUGGAGUACCACUUUGUUACCAAACAGCAAUUUGAUGCAGAUGUUCUGAACAACAAGUUCAUAGAGCACGGGGAAUACAAGGAAAACCAGUACGGCACAAGUAUAGAGGCCAUCCGCUCUGUACAGGCCAAGAACAAGAUGUGCGUGGUGGACGUGCAGCCCGAGGCCCUGAAGAGGCUGCGGACAGCGGAGUUCAAGCCGUACGUCAUAUUUGUCAAACCUCGCGUUCCUGAGAGCAGACGUCGUCGCAGUGCUGCAACUUCUCCAGGAGGGGCGGAGCACGGCCGCGUUACAGACGAAGACCUCCAAGAGAUGCGUCAGUCUGCGGUUCAGAUUGAUCAGCAGUACGGACACCUGGUGGACCGGGUCCUAAUCAAGGAGGACUCGGCCAGCGCCUGUGCAGAACUUCGAAGUAUCUUGGAAAGGCUGGAGCGAGAAUCAUUCUGGGUUCCUCUCAACUGGGUGCGGACCUAAACUUUCCUCCCUGCAUCUUCCAGAAGAACUUCACCACCACCAACAACCCACCCAAAUCCUGCCCCAAUCCAUCACCCCAUACCCCCCUUCCUCCCCCUCUUCAGAGCUGGUAAGACAGCCAUGAGCUGAGGUCCGCAAUGGAAGAGGAUGGUGUCGGAGGAACACCUCGUCUUACUGACUUAAGUCAUUGGUUUCAUUUAUUUACUGACUUAAAAACAAGCGUCAGAGGCCAGUUUGUGGUGAAAGGAGUGUAUUAUAUUUCUCACACUGCCACAGCUGCAUCGUUCUUGAGAGGUUUGGGAUCCCACUCGGAGGAUCAGCUUUAUUGUGGAGUACCUUUUAGGACCACGUUUGGUUUUAGGUUUACAGUUAUAUUCAACUCAAAUCCAAUCUCGGAAUGUUUCCUGAUAAUUCGUACUGCUCAUGCAUCCUGUACAAAUUUAGAACCAAUCAUCCAUUAAGCUGAACAGGAGAAAUAGAUAUGUAAAGUUGAAGUGAAUACCAUUUUAAACUGUGUUCUUUUUGCUAAAUCUAGUUUACAAAUACGGACAGAAACUAAACGAUAUGGAAAGUGAGAAUUUUAUUUUCGACUAAACUAUUUGUUUUUAUGAAACGCAUGACAACUCAUGAUUUAAUCUCAGAUGUACAUAUUGUAAAUGUUAACUCCUCAUGUGCCAACGAAAGAUCUCGAAGCACUUCAACGCAACCUGUUUACCCUUUAUCCCUGGGAACCCACAUCUGUUUGUAUGUGUAAAAAUGCGGCGCACAAAGUACGUGUGGAUGGACGUCACAGUGUGUGUUCGAUUACAACGACCUGCGACGCUCCUUUAAGUACAGGAAUGGGUUUCGUACAGUUUCCUUGCACAUAUCUGUACUUUUGAUUACAGAAGAAGAGGCGGGUACUAGAUGUUUUCUUUGAUAAUAAUGGUUUUGCUUUGUUGUUUUCACAAACAGUGAUGAGGUGGGAGAUAUAAAACAUUAAAUUAGAAUUGAAAGAAAAUUUUAGAAAAUAAGUCGGCAAAUCUCGGCUAAUAUUUUGUGAUUGAGUAACAUGUUUAUUUAUUUAUCAAGCAAAAAUGUCAAACAUUCUCUGGUUACCGCUUUUCAAUAGCAAAGAUUUCUACUUCUGUGUUGGCAAACUGCACAUUAAUACAGAGACAAGUAUUUGCAUUUGAGUAUCAUAUCAAGAUAGACUUGAUACAUAUAGAUAGAUAAACGAUCACCUCCACACUGACAUUUUCUUGUGUGUGGUUAAAAUGAAGCGGCUUCCAAAUCACUUUCAAACAUGCAUUUUAAAUAUGGAUCUCUUCUUGUUCUGUAUGAAGCCAGGAUGUUGAGUGUGUCAUGUGACCUGUUCAAAGUGCCAUAAUAAAAAGCUAGCUGAGUCAAA